CGGCGGCGCGGCUGUGCCCAGCACCCGGCCGACAACCGGCUCAAGACCACCAAGUACACGCUGCUGUCGUUCCUGCCCAAGAACCUGUUCGAGCAGUUCCACCGCCUGGCCAACGUGUACUUCGUGCUGGUGGCGCUGCUCAACUUCGUGCCCGCACUGAGCGCCUUCCAGCCCGGCCUGGCGCUGGCGCCCGUGCUCUUCAUCCUGGCUGUCACGGCCCUCAAGGACCUGUGGGAGGACUUCAGCCGCCGCCGCUCGGACCACGAGAUCAACCACCUGGGCUGCCUGGUCUUCAGCAGGGAGGAGAAGCGGUACGUGAAGCGGUUCUGGAAAGACAUCCGCGUGGGAGACUUCGUGCGCCUUCACUGCAACGAGGUCAUCCCCGCAGACGUCCUACUGCUGGCAUCCAGCGACCCCGAUGGGCUGUGCCACAUCGAGACGGCCACCCUGGACGGCGAGGCCAACCUGAAGCGGCGGCAGGUGGUCCGCGGCUUCUCGGAGCUCGUCUCGGAGUUCAACCCUCUGACGUUCACCAGCGCCAUCGAGUGUGAGAGGCCGAACAACGACCUGACGCGGUUCCGCGGCUGCAUCAUACACGACAAUGGGAAAAAGGCUGGGCUGCACAAAGAAAACCUGUUGCUGCGAGGGUGCACCAUCAGGAACACGGAAGCCGUCGUGGGCAUCGUCAUCUAUGCAGGACAUGAGACCAAGGCCCUGCUGACCAACAGUGGGCCCCGCUACAAGCGCAGCCUGCUCGAGAGGCAGAUGAACUGUGAUGUACUCUGGUGUGUCCUUCUCCUCAUUUGUAUGUCUCUGUUUUCAGCGGUUGGACAUGGACUGUGGAUGCGAUGGCUUCAAGAAAAGAAAUCGCUGUUUGAUGUCCCCAGGGCUGACGGCAGCCCCCUGUCCCCAGUCACGGCUGCGGCGUACUCGUUUUUGACGAUGAUCAUCAUCCUUCAGGUGCUGAUCCCCAUCUCCCUGUACGUGUCCAUUGAGAUCGUGAAGGUGUGCCAGGUGUACUUCAUCCACCAGGACGCCGAGCUGCACGACGAGGAGACUGACUCGCGGCUGCAGUGCCGGGCUCUGAACAUCACGGAGGACCUGGGGCAGGUCCAGUACGUCUUCUCUGACAAGACCGGCACUCUGACCGAGAACAAGCUGGUGUUCCGGCGGUGCACCGUGUCUGGCGUGGAGUACUCGCACGAUGCCAACUCCCAGCGUCUGGCCACCUACCAGGAGGCGGACUCGGAGGAGGAGGAGGCAGUGCCCAGAGCAAGCUCCACACCCCGGCGUGACAGCAUCGGGAGCUGCCAGGGCGUGCGGCUCCCACACCGGACCCAGAGCACCAGGUCUCACCGACGAGCGAGCAGCCGGUCCGAGACCAAGAGGACGGCCAUUCUGUCCAAGCACACAGCGUUCAGCAGCCCCAUGGAGAAGGACGUCACGCCCGACCCGAAGCUGCUUGAGAAGGUGAGAGAGUGUGUCCGCCGCCUGUCCGUCACCCGGCACCAGGAGCAGCCGCUGGCCCUCCUCUCGCCCGAGCUGUCGGACGUGUUCGACUUCUUCAUCGCCCUCACUGUCUGCAACACGGUGGUCGUCACGUCGCCUGAUCAGCCGCGACAAAAGGCAGAGCCCCAGGUUCCCCCUUCUCCCCCCCUGGCCCGCAAUGGCUACAGCAGCCCGGUGGCCGACUGGGCCCCAGAGCACGACCGCCAGCCCGCGCCGGAGCCAGGGUUGCAGCAGGAGCCGGAGCUGCGCUACGAGGCGGAGAGCCCAGACGAGGCGGCGCUGGUGUAUGCGGCCCGGGCCUACAGCUGCACGCUGGUGGGCCGGCUGCAGGACCGGGUGGCGGUGGAGCUGCCCCGGCUGGGCAGGCUCAGCUUUGAGCUGCUGCAUGUGCUUGGCUUCGACGCCACACGGAAACGCAUGUCUGUGGUGAUCCGGCACCCGCUCACCCGCAAGGUCCACGUCUACACCAAGGGCGCCGACUCGGUGGUGAUGGGCCUGCUGCUGCCCUGCUCCUCAGACGACGCCCGGGGAAGGCAUCAGAGGAGGAUCAGAAGCGAGACCCAGAGCUGCCUGGACCUGUACGCGGUGGAGGGCCUGCGCACCCUGUGCAUCGCCAAGAGGGUCCUGAGCGAGGAGGAGUACGCGGACUGGCUAGAGGGCCACCUGGAGGCAGAGUCCUCCCUGGACAACCGCGAGGAGCUGCUGUCCCAGUCGGCCAGCCGCCUGGAGACCAACCUGCACCUGCUGGGGGCCACUGGCAUCGAGGACCGUCUGCAGGAGGGCGUCCCUGAGACCAUCAUGAAGCUGCGUCAGGCAGGCCUGCAGAUCUGGGUCCUCACCGGUGACAAGCGGGAGACCGCGCUCAACGUCGCCUACGCCUGCAGGCUGCUGGACCAGGAGGAGGAGCUGCUCGCCCUCAGCGCCAAGUCCCGGGAGGCGUGUGCAGCCCUGCUGGACCAGUGUCUCCACUAUGUGCAGACCAAGGGCCCCCACGGCGCCCCCACGAAGACCAGCAGCAGCGAGAGUGUGGGCUUCUCCCCUGUACACCCAGGCUCCACGCCCACCCCGACCGGCCACAGCCUGAGCCUCGUGGUCGACGGCCAGAGCCUGGCGUUCGCCCUGGAGAAGGCCCUGGAGGACAAGUUCCUGUGUCUGGCGCGGCAGUGCCACUGCGUCCUGUGCUGCCGGGUCACGCCGCUGCAGAAGAGCAUGGUUGUGAAGCUGGUCAGGACCAAGCUCAAGGCCAUGACCCUGGCCAUAGGUGAUGGAGCCAAUGAUGUCAGCAUGAUCCAGGUGGCCGACGUGGGCGUGGGCAUCUCGGGCCAGGAGGGCAUGCAGGCGGUGAUGGCCAGCGACUUCGCGGUGCCGCGUUUCCGGUACCUGGAGCGGCUCCUCAUCGUCCACGGACACUGGUGCUAUUCCCGCCUGGCCAACAUGGUGCUGUACUUCUUCUAUAAGAACACGAUGUUCGUGGGCCUCCUGUUCUGGUUCCAGUUCUGCUGCGGCUUCUCGGCGUCCACCAUGGUUGACCAAUGGUACCUGAUCUUCUUCAACCUGCUCUUCUCGUCGCUCCCCCAGCUUGUGACGGGCGUGCUGGACAAGGACGUGCCGGCCAGGGUGCUGCUGGCCAAGCCGCAGCUCUACCAGAGUGGCCAGAACAGGGAGGAGUACCGGCCACGCACGUUCUGGAUGAACAUGGCCGACGCAACCUUCCAGAGCCUGGUCUGCUUCUUCCUCCCUUACCUGGCCUACUACGACUCGGACGUGGACCUGUUCACCUGGGGUACCCCCAUCACGGCCAUCGCACUGUUCACCUUCCUCCUGCACCUGGGCAUCGAGACCAAGACCUGGACCUGGCUCAACUGGCUGGCGUGCGGCUUCAGCGUCUUCCUGUUCUUCACCGUGGCCCUGGUCUACAACGCGUCCUGCGCCACGUGCUACCCGCCGUCCAACGCCUACUGGACCAUGCACACGCUGCUGGGCGAGCCCCUGUUCUACCUGACCUGCCUGAUCGCUCCUGUGGCCGCACUGCUGCCCAGGUUGUUUUUCAGAGCCGUCCAGGGGAGCCUUUUCCCCACCCAACUUCAGCUGAGUCGCCAGUCCGCCAAGAAGGUCCCCAGGAGACUCGAAACCCCUGCAGAGGCCUUUGCUCAGGGCUGCCCUCCUGGAGUCCCGAGAGCUGAGCACCCCAAGGGCAGGGCUGGCAGGGGUUCCAUGUCCCAGUCCCAGGACCACAGAUCAGUGGAUUCCUGGUACACGCAGCCCGCCCGCUCCCCGGAGGCCAGCAGGGAGCCCAGCGCAGGGGACACGGGCAUGCCCUUAAAGGAGGACACCCGGCUGGGGCAGCUGGGCACAGAGACCCCAGGGGCCUCGGUGCUGGGGGAGGCCACUGUGGAAGGGCGUCUGGGGCACUCGGGGAUGAGACCCACCAGCCCGAGCAGAGCAGUCCCACUGGCAGGACUCGUAGGCCUGCCCAGCCUCGGCGCAGCCCCCUGGCUCCCCUCGCUGUCACUGGUCAGCGGGCUGCAGAGUGUUCUGCAGCUGUCGCGGGGUGGCCUGAAGGUGGGCAAGCCCGGUGGCAAGCUCCUGGCCUGCCCUCUGCCUCCAGAGCGUGCCCUGGCUGGCCUAGCGCAGACCACAGAGUUCUAGCAGCACCCGCGCGGGGGACAGGGGCACAGGUGACCGCGGUCACAGAGAAAGCCUGAAAAGGGACUGUAUUUAACGACACAGUUGUUAAUAGUAUUUAUGUUUUAUUAUUUACACAGAGUUCUAGGGAGAUAUAUUUUUCCAUGUUUCCGAGGCUGACACAGGAAACGAGGUAUCCAGGACCCACACUGCUCCAGGCUGGCGGGGCUGGCCAGGUCCAGUCACUGUAAGCACAAGGUCACUUUCUCAGAGUCCCCUGGUCUUCGUAAACUGCACGAGCCCCUGGGGACUCCAGCGGCCACCUCCUGUCAUCUGUGUGUUGAAGAUGGGCAUCCCUAAUUGUUGUUGUUGUUGCCUGAAGGCACAUACAUUCACUGGAGAGAGCCGGCGAGCGAGAACACCGCCCGUGGGGGUCGGCCGAGCCGCACUCCCUCCUCCGUCUCUCCGUGCGCUCAGGUGUUGGGCACACACAUGAACCAGUGUUCUCAAGCCACCGGGUCUGGGACGUGAUCCAUGUCGUGAGCUCCAUCUGCCUUAGCCACCAGGCCGUGGUCGGCCCGAGGACGUGUUCGAUUCUGCCGUCAUUUAUUGUGGACACACUGAACGACGAAGCCCUCCUCGCGUUUCUGUUUUAAAGCAUCCAAACUCUCCUGAACAACUUGAACUUAGCGUCUGCCCAACCCGAGGCCUGCCUGUCAGAGUAACAGACAUGCUUCUGGGUGUUUCCACAGCGACGUUUUCCCAGUCCUCAGUACUGAAACCGCAGCUCGGGCCUGCAUGGGGAGUCCUUGAGGUGCGUCAGACACCGGUGGCAUAAACGAGCCCCUGCUCCAGCCUGUCCCAGGCAGUGCACCUGCGCCUCCAGCUGUGUCGGGGCAACCGUCCACCACGCUGCUCCAGAAGUCACCCCGGAGCUGUGUGCACACCCAGGGCGGCUCGGGGCAGUCAGUCACCAUGGCAACCCAGGCCGGAUUCCAGGAGCCUCCUGUUUUCUUUAUAGGCGGGCCUUUCAGCUGCCUCCUCCUUGUGUAGAUGAGCCCCCCAGGGUGUACAGCCACUGGAACCCCUCUGGCCUCCACCCUUCCUGCUGGAGGAUGGAGGCCAGCCUGGCCUUGGGAGAGCCUUUCGGUGCCCUGGGCCACCGUCCUGUGUCUCCUCUGUCUUCCAGAAAGCCCACCUUCAUCACACUCCAGGAAAAGGAGGUUUUCUCUCCACAAACACAUUUUCUUAGUUCAUAAUUAUUUCGGAAAGGUUUUAUCCUUUAGUCGCCCAGGUUUUAAGUGCAUUUCAGAGUUCAAUGACCAGGAGUAAUGGCAGGACCUACUCCGGGAGCUGCAGUAGUGAGUGGUGACCGCACAGAGUAACGCCGCCAGGCCGGGCUGGUCGUGGACCCCGUGGGGAUAAAGCCACACAUUUUCUGGACACCUGUCUGGGGGGGGGGGCUCAAUGAAACCGAGGAGGACAGUGGUGUGACAUGAGCUUGUCGUCGACUUAGAACAGGAGCCUGGGCCUCGGGGGACUAGUGUGUCCCAGGAACACCCCGUGGGUAUGUCUGUCUGUCUGUCUUGCUCAGACAGAGGAAGGAAGAAACUUUACUGAACACCCAGCGUCCAGGAGGCUCCGAGGCCAGCCCACGCCGGAGUAUGGCUCCUGAUACCCGCCAAGGAGUGUGGCGGUGGGCAGGGCUCGUGGCCCCUGCGAGGCACACACUCAGGCAGCAGGGAGGGGUCCGUGCCCCCGUCAGUCCCCGCGCGGAGGGAGGAGUGCCGAAGGCAGACGCGGGUGAGGGUCACAGCCACGGGGCGCUCACGGUGUGCUGUGUGCACUGGGCCCGCACGCUGGAGCUCAAGUGCGGGUCUAGUGCAGGCGUGGCGGGGCAGCAGCGAGGCACCUGACCUCCCUGAGCGUGCCGGGCCGGCCGAGGCUGGGACAGACCGCAGCCUGGAAACCUACUGACCUGCGCCUCACCCUCUGUCUGUCUCCCAGCAGAAGGAAGCUUAAAAUAAGUAAAUAAAUAAAUA